CUGCCACAUCAAUCCACAUCAGAUUAUUGAUCGAUGGUCCACUACAUUUGCGCCACAUUGGUCGACCAGAUAUAAGGCAAGCAGGAAGCAGUCGUUUUCCUUGUCCUCUUAGUUUUCUCCAUCUCACCAGUUGUGUUGACAACACUCAAUCAGCGUAAUCAUUGAACGCCUAGCGUUAUGUCCCCUGCCGGCGAGACUGGCACAUCGUCUACUCCGCCACGCGCCAAUGCACCAGCUCAUAGUGCUAGCAAAAUAGAAUCGACCCCAAACAGCCGCGGGGCUGCCGUCGUCAGCGAGAACAUCGGCGUGCUCGGCGUCCAUGUUAAGAAAGUCCGUCCAUGGAUCCAACGUGAUAUUGAGCAGACUAAGGAGUGCAAAGUAGAUGCCAUGUUGCAAGCUCUCCUGCAGCGCGCUUCUUCUGCUCCCGAGACUCAACAGCCCGAGCUUCUGCAAAAGUGCCUAGAGGCAGUUCUGCCGGUUUGCAAUGGACAGGUCUCCGCUAGAGGGAUAUACUCUUCAGGCAUCGAGACAGCCCUGCAAAAAUACGUACGUCCAGGAGUAGAAAACAAGUUCUACGGUCCUUUUAUAGAAGCCACCAACAUCGCGCUCGCUUGUCUUGAAGAGAUCAAAGUCGAUGGGAUGCGUGCUCCUGCCCCCACCGUGGACAUGAUCUGUCAGCAGAACGAUAUGCCCAUGUACCAAAACCACCAGACCGUGAAAUCAACUCGGAAGCCCGACGUCGUCUUUCUUCCUUUAAACAGCGCAUGCGCUCCCUUCGAAGAUGAGAAAGGCGGCAAGAAGGGCGAACAGAAAGACGAUGAGAAGGACGAUGAGAAGCGCAAGGCUCACAUGGUCAAGAAUGCAAUGGCAAAGCCGCCAGCCCCGCUCCCCUGGAAAGAUGUUCUAGCUUGCAUCGAGUUCAAGAGAAAGACAGACAGGAAGAAACCGAUUAAACCGCCGCACUCUUCGUGCAAAGUGAAUGACUAUGUUCCUACCAAGCCAGAAUAUCUGCCAGUGGAUCAUUUUAAGGCUGAAGAUCCGGCGCCAGGCCCUUCGCAGACCGCAAAACAACCUGCGUCCGACCCUGCAAUCGUAUCUUCCGGCCUUACUGCUGCACAGCCUUCCAAGGGCGGGUCUAGCUCUAAGCGCAAGGCCGCGGACACUUUGCAAUCCGCCGCGAAAAAAGCCAGGAUCGACCCGGACGACCCAGAUGUGACCGUCCAGACGGGUAUGUACGCCGCCGAAAUGUUUGCGGCCAAUCUUGCCGUCAAUCAUCUGAUUAAUCUUAUUGUCGUCGACGAUGUGAUGUGGAUCUGGUAUUAUGAUCGGCAAGGCACCAUUCAAAGCUCGGGCAUCAACUUCAUUCAAGAUCUCCCGCGAUUCAUGGUGCUGUUGUAUGCUUUACAGCGAUUUCAACUUGAGGAUUGGGGCCGGAAUAAGGAUUUCCUCCCAGUUCAAGUUGAGGGCAAACAAUGCCAUGAAUUCAAAAUCAAGGACGUAGAACUUGGAGAGGUAGAUCUGCUGCUGCACACCAGCCACGACGAAAGAGUGACGCACUACGGACUACAAGGACGGGCCACCAAUGUGGUCCCUGUUACCAGCGAUGUGCUCGCGAAGAGAUCCGAAAACCUCAAGGAUGGGAUGGUGGCCAAGAUCUUUUGGGGAGAGGCGAGUCGCACAAGCGAGCCAGAAAUCUUGAAAAGAGUUGAGGAGAUCGCCAAGGCGCACGAUACCGUCAAAGACCAUAUUCCUGAGUUGCUGUGGCACCACACGUUCACGAAUCCCACGUCCGCCAUCCGAGAAGCACUCGGUGUUCCGGAACCCACCACGGGCAGUCGUGUGCUCUACAUUCUCGUAUUCCGUAAGCUCCACCCCAUCACGAAGAAGCUUAACGACACAGAACUUUUCGACGUAUGGCGUCAGUGUAUCCUAUGCCACCUGACUCUGUGGAAGGAAGGGGUCUAUCAUCGAGAUAUCAGCCCUGGUAACUUGAUGUGGUACAGAAAAAAUGGCCGACUGAUCGGUGUCUUAAACGACUACGAUCUAUCCUCGUUGGUGAAUGUAGUGGGUCCUCAGGGCAACGAGCGCACUGGCACGGUGCCGUUCAUGGCGAUCGAGCUUCUCUCCCCAAGUGCUCAACGAGGCGAAGUCAAACACCUGUAUCGCCAUGAUCUGGAGUCGUUUAUGUGGGUUUUUGCCUGGAUUUUCUUGCGUUACAGGCAGGGAACCCUUCUACCACGCGGAUUGCGCCCCUUGGACGAAUGGGCAACUUUAGGCGCUGUGGCAUGUGGCAAGGAAAAGUUGUUCUUUCUCAAUAAUAUGGAAGAUUUCGCAUGCUCGGACAUAGACGAAGACAUAUGGAAUUUCCUUGUGGACUCUCUUCUGGUGGUUAAAAUGGAUGCCGACAACCGAUACUAUCUCCGUCUUAAACGGUCAUCGAGCUCAGGAGGCCAGCAGCGCAACGCCGAGGAAACAGAUCUCGAUGCUGUUCUAUCCAAAUUUACAGGUUUAGAGGGUUGGGAUAAGCUCAGCGAACCUAAUUGAUUUGUUACCCUAUACACGGCUUUCCGCGUAUCGAUACUCGUAACUUUCAGUUGUAUAUUCACAAUACAAGCGGUUGACGGGUCACUUCCCAUAGAGUCGUGCGUGAAAGCUUCACUGGUAGGGACUAAAUACCUCGAAGCAGU